GUAUGGGUGACUCUGGUCUGUGGGACCUUGCUGUAGUCAAAGAUCGGAGACAUACCCACAGGGGAGACUACCUCCCUAGGGAGGGAUCCAGGAAAUUCACAGCUCCAUGUAACUCCACGGUGUUUCUCUAGAAGGAUCCACCAUGAAGAAGGUCAAAAAGAAAAAGUCUGAUUCCAGGCGCCGCAGGAAUUCCAUUUCACCGCAGACUAGCUCCGACUGCUCACACAGGCCCAGCUCAGAAACCCAGCGGUCAUGUCCAGACCCCUGUUCACCACCGCAGACACAGUCUCUCCAGGAGUCCAUCCCACCACACCAAAUUAGCCCUGAGCCUAAACUGCAACAGCCUUCAUCACAACCUCUCCUACCUUCAGAAGAACGUGUCUCAUCUCCGUGCCUGGUAUCCACGGAACCUAAGCCUCCAUGCAGAAAAGCAGCAGUGCCUCUGACCUAUGCGGCCCCACGCUCCUGCUCCUGUGUGGUCUGCCCUGGCAGCUCCGCUUGCUGGCGUCGUCUGGGGCUUUGCCAUAGCCGAAUCUUUGAUGUCCUUCUGCCUCGGGACUGGUCAUCCAUGCCAGGGAGAGGAUUCCCAAACCUUCUCACCUUCUACAGGUUCCCGAACGAACGGGUGGGAGGGCUAAGGCCUUGGGUAGAUCGUUUCCAGGUCACGCUGUCCUCAGAGUUUGUCGACAACUUUCCUUCUAAAUACCAAUUUCUCUGGCUUGGUGGGCAGGCUCUUGGUUGUGCCUUUCCUCCUUUGUUCCACAGAAACCGUCAUCCCUGAAAGCAUCCUCCUCCUCUCACCUAACCCAUUAUAAACCGGGGCCUUUGUUGUUACACAUUGGUUGGCCAUUCACUUUUUUUGGGACCCAUACCAUGCACAGGGAGCAUCUACUUAUUAAACUAACUGCCUGUUAAUUAUCCCUGGGACUCAUUGAUAAACCUGAUCAUAACUCAUAGGUCCUUUCUGCCAAAAAUAGUAAAACCUGCCCCACUCAGAGUAUGCCCCACUCAGAGUAUGCUAUUACCAGGAGUCUUCACAGAGGCCAUGUUUUCCAGACUGGUCUGUUAGUGGCAGCCCCUUCCUUCAUUAUGACCUCACCCAGUCUCUGCCCUACUGUUCCUCUUCCACGAUGCCUCCAGAGAAAUGUCAUAUGCCAUCUGCUCACUGUCAGCCAGGAGAAGGGCCCUGCCCAUGUUAAGAACAGAAUAAAAAUGUCCUCACUCUUGAAGGACUUGCUGAGUCAUGUGUUGGAGCUAGGAGAGGGGCCAGAAGUGGGGCCUCUACCCAAAUGAGCCACCCUGAGUAUACUCAGGACUUCACAAAAACCCCUGGAAGAGGUCCUUCCACUUGGGGAUCUCAUAUCGCUACAUCAGGAGCACAGCCCACCAUCCCAUCCUCCUCUUACCCUUUCUAGCUCCCUCUCUUGAAUAAUAAUGGUGAUUAAUAAUAACAAUAACAACAACAGCAACAAUACCCAUGCAGAUACAGAGCUGAUUUGGGGAAGAGAGCAUACCUAGAGUCAGAGAUACCAUCUAUUGAGUACCAGUCAGGAAGAGUCCACCCACCACUCACCCACACAGUAUGUCUGUCCAUUCAUCUGCUGCCAGAUGGUGCUGUGUGUUCCCCUGGGUGAAAAAAAAUCAAACCUACUCUGGGGGGGACACCUAAACAAGAUCUUCACCUCCCAGUGUGUUCCGCCCGUGAAGCCAGCUGAGAUCCGUGCAUUUAGAAGCCUGUGAACAAAGCAGGUAGUGUGUGGAACAGGAGGGCUUCUGGGAGCUUCCGAGCGAGGCAGUACCACAUCAGGGUUCACAGCACUGUGUGCCCAAUAUGUGAAUCGACUCCAAAAGUUCCAGGCUGCAGGAAAAGCCAGAACACGGUUCCCAGUUAGGAAAGCAAGAGAAAAAGACAUAAAACCCCAUGACCAGGGCAAGAUGCAUGCUUAUUUAUUUAUUUUCCCAUGUAAGCCCCUGUGUCUGCAGUCUCUACCUUCUCAGAGGACUUACAAUAGUCAUCCAUGGAGACAAGAAUCCCUCCUUCAGUCUGCUUUUUAUCAGACUAGAUACCGAGUUGUUUUUUUUGUUUGUUUGUUUUUUUGUUUUGUUUUUUCUCUUUUUUUCGGAGCUGGGGACCGAAUCCAGGGCCUUGCGCUUGCUAGGCAAGUGCUCUACCACUGAGCUAAAUCCCCAACCCCUGAUACAGAGUUUUCUGAAUGGCUUCCUCACUUAUACUGGUUCACUCCUUGCUGUCUCAGUCUUUGUAGAGGCUGUAACUAAUAUGCUAUUUCCUGAUAUCUGAAAGUCUCUAAAAUGCCUCAGAGGGUUGCUGUGAAGCUUAAAGAGGACAUUGAGUGGGAGGUGUCUGUUGUUGUAAAAUAUAAAAAUAAAAGAUAACUUCAGGGCAAACCACAACAGGUGUCUGGUACAAGGGCUGGCACAUCGUGGUCUGGACCACCCUGGUACCCGGUUACCCCCUCUGGCUAUCAGUCACAGGCUACCGAUCCUCAUACCCUGGGGGACUUGUAGGAAGUUUUGUUGAGGGGGUGGGAGCAACGUGUCCCUUUAGGAGAAGGAUCAGGAGGGAACUCUAAGAUCCACUGUCUCCUUCCAGUACACAGACACUGAAGCCUUUCUCCCUAACCCCCGCCCCCUUUCCGCUUUGCUUUGUAGAAAACCUUCAAGGAAA